CCAUUUUCGUGCCAAGAGAUUAAUGCAGAACACUCGAGAAGAACUACCGGGUCGUGCUGGCUUUGACGGCUACGGCUCCUUCCGGCAACGCCACACAGCCCGGUACUACAUGCAUCGGGUCCAGGAGAGCCUCACCACCCGGGUCUCCAAGCUGGUGUGCGCCAUUUGCCUCGCCCUCCUCCUCAUCAUCGGCAUGGUCACAUUCAUUCUCUGGAUCAGUCUACGCCCGCACCGACCCAGGAUCCAUGUUCGGGACUUCUCAAUCCCGGGCCUGGCCCAGGCAAACGGGUUAGAGAACGCCCGGGUCGUCUUCAACGCGACAACCCGCAACCCGAACCAGAGCAUCGGGAUUUACUACGACGCUUUGCAGGCGACGCUGUACUAUGAUGAUCAGAGCAUUGGUGGGACCCCCCUGCUGUUUCCGUUUUAUCAGCAGCCGAAGAAUACUACGACGCUUUCCGGUGUACUGAGUGGGGCAACCUUGACGGUGAACAACCAGCGUUGGAUGCAGUUCCAGUCUGACCGAUCACAAGGGACGGUGAUCUUCCGGCUGGACAUAACGUCGACCAUACGAUUUAAAGUGUCCACGUGGAGCAGUAAGCGCCACAGGCUGCAUGCCCAUUGUGACGUUGGGGUGGGCCCUGAUGGGUCGAUCUUCGCCAGUUACAGAGAUCGGAGAUGCCCAGUUUAUUUCACCUGAUUAAUGCUUAAUCAUUGGGUUAUCAUGUUGUUUAUGUAUUUUCUGAU